UUUUUGGAUGCACGCUGGUGAGUGUGUACUGCGUUACAGCGAGGAGGCUUCUAACAACGUUUUUGUGGAUAUAAAUACUUAGUUUGGGAUCUGUGUUCAUGUUCACGGACUGUUAGAGCUCUUUAAGUACAGAAGUCAUAUAUCGAGUGUGUUUUCAUUGGUCGGCGGAGGAAGACGUAAAGAAAGAAAAUGCCAUUUUCGAGAGGAAAGAAACCAACGGUCAGCAAGAUCCCAAAGCUGCAUGUUAAGAGCUCAGAGAAUCAGGAGGAUGGCUCUCAGGUCAAGCGAUCUACAUCUCCUCCUCAAGGGGCUCCUAGGAAGAGGACUGCGUUUAUCGACAUCACCAAUGCUCACAAGAUUGAGAUUAGCAAUCCUAUCAAGAAGAAAGGUCCAGUCAAGAAGGUACAGAAGACCACCUCAGUGGCUGCCAAGAAUGAGGCCAACCUAAAUAAGUUGGCCUCGGUCACUUCUGAGGGUCAGUCUGAGGAGGCGCAGAAGGAAGCAUCCCCGGCAGAGAAACCGGAGGAGCCCUUUCCCAAAGCCCCCCUUCCCCCACAUUUGCUACCUCCACAGAUACCCCCAGAGUUUGACAUUGACUCUGAUCCUUCAAAUGACUGCACACAGACACCAGAAUAUGCCAAAGACAUUUUUGACUACCUAAAGAACAGAGAAGAGAAGUUUGUAUUGCAUGACUACAUGGACAGACAGCCAAAUCUGAACCAGAGCAUGAGGGCUAUUCUAGUGGACUGGCUUGUAGAGGUGCAGGAGAAUUUUGAGUUGAAUCAUGAGACACUUUACCUGGCAGUGAAGAUGACAGAUCAUUACCUGGCUGUGGUUCAGGCCAGCAGAGAAUCUUUACAGCUCAUUGGCUCCACGGCCAUGCUGCUUGCCUGCAAGUUUGAGGAACGGCUCCCCCCUUGUGUUGACGACUUCCUGUAUAUCUGCGAUGAUGCAUACAAACGCUCACAGCUCAUCACCAUGGAAGCAAAUAUUCUGCAGGCGCUGAACUUUGACAUCAACAUUCCUGUUGCCUAUCGCUUUCUACGGCGCUACGCCAAGUGUGUUAAUGCCGGCAUGGACACGUUGACUCUGGCCCGGUUCAUCUGUGAGCUCAGUCUGCUGGAGAUGCAGUUCGUCCCAGUCCGAGCGUCUCUGCUGGCCUCUGCUUGCCUGCUCAUAGCUCUGGUUACCAAGGACCUGGGGGGAUGGAACCCAUGCCUGCAGUUCCAUUCGGGCUACAGUGCAGAAGAUCUGGCGCCCGUGGCCCGAAAACUCCAGCACAUGCUGAGCAGCCCCCCCGACAGCAAGCUCGCCACCGUCCGGAGCAAGUACUCCCACAAGGUUUUCUUUGAAGUCGCUCUGAUGCCUCCUGUGAGCAUGGAGAAGCUGGAGAUGUUUCUGAAGUGAGCAGAAGAGGAAAUAAUCUUUAAUCUAUAAACCAUGUAAAUAUUUGUAUUUAAUAUUGUAUAUCACUCCUGUUUUAAAAUAAAAGUCUGUUCUGUUGUGUAUGUGAAACGAGCAUGUUUUAAGAUUUUGUGUGAAGUAUUGUAAAUGGACUUUUUAGAGAGGUUUUGAACCAAAAAAGAAACGUGUGACCUCAGUGUGACUAAAAUACGUGUUACAGAAGCUUCUCCGAGGUUGUUGAAGAAGACUUUGAAUAAUGUUCUUAAAUUUGAUAUUAAACCAUGUUAUUAAACCAUGUAUACAUAUGUCUGUAAAUAUUAGUUAUAUAUUUUUUCCUCCUCAGUAUUGUACCAUCCAUGUUGUGCAUUGGAUGUAUUUUUGCAAAGCUGUGUAAAUGCUAUUUUUAAUUGGUGGCAUUUGAUUAAAAUAUUAAUGUUUCUUAAGUUUAUGGUGGUUGGUCUAAUUUAAAAUUUUCUCAAAAAGGUUGAAUUUGAAGAGAGCUUUGUAGGUACACAACUGUUCCUAGAUUGCAGUUCCAUGAACUAACCAUAAGAGGGCAACCUG